CCUAUCAGGCCCUAUAAAUGCUGGCAGCUUCCCUCCAACGGCCACUCUGUACUGCUGCACUUUCGCGCGAAACAACGUUCCAAGUUUGAAAAGUUUCACGUCCCGAUUUCCCGCUUUUCUUCGUCGACCAAAGACUACUGAAAGCCAUGUCCAUGAUGUGCAAGAGUGUGCUGGUCGCGUGCGCGCUGCUCCUCGCCGCCGUGUGCCUGGCGCAGGCUCGAGAGGAAAACCCUCACGACAUGGCCGACGCACUGCGCAUGCUGCAGGAGCUGGAUAAAUACUAUACACAGGCUGCUAGGCCGAGGAUCGGGCGGAGAGGCGUGUCGGACGGGGAGCGCGUAGACCCAGCGUCGUUAGAUCGCGCGUUGCGCCUACUCCAGCUCCACACGCUUGACCGCCUUUACGCCUACCACUCACGACCAAGGUUCGGGAAACGAUCUGAUGCUUUCACAAACUGGGCCAAGGAUGUUGAGAAGCCGGACCUUCCAUCUUGGUUCACUUACGGGCAACGGAGAUGAGGUGCAAGACCCAGCAGAGUACCAUCUACACCCGAUGUUUUUGAACGGAAGCCAUAGAUAUACGAUACAUACCGAACUCAAUACGUUUAAAAAAAUAAAUCUACUUAGCAUAAAAUAUUACAUAUCCGAUUAUUAGUAUCGUUGUCACCUAUUUCUUUUCAAAUUACCGCCAAAACUGUAAAUUAUAUGCAUGAGAAUACUUGAAUAGUUGUCCACUUUGAUACGAUAUAACUCCAUAAAAACAAGUACUUACUUAAAACCUAGAGUUUUCUUUAGAUAGUUGUUGAAACCCUGUAGAUAAUUAUAAUUAUGAUGUUGUAGAUAUAACUUAUAUCGCAUUUUUAUAUCUCUUCAAGUUAUUUCUAUCUACGGUUAUGUGUCACUAAUAGAAUCCCAGUGUAACCUAUGUAAUUAUGCACAUAAGGUUCAUUAUCAAUUGUAAUGUUAUAAAUACAGAGCAUUCUUGAAAACCAA